AUGAAGAGUUUUUCACUGAACUUCACACUGCCGGCCAACACGGUGAGUACAGCGGCCCCCGCUUACCAGACUUCCUCUCCAGUUGUGACUGAUGGAAAAGGAACCGACUGUGGGCCUUCUCUUGGGUUAGCAGCAGGCAUCCCGUCCCUGGUGGCCACGGCCCUGCUGGUAGCCUUACUGUUUACUCUGAUUCACCGAAGAAGAAGCAGCAGUGAGUUCACUGAGGGAAGUGAGAGGCCUUGUGAAAUUACAGAAAUCUAUGACAGUCCCAGGAUAGCUGAGAAUCCUAUGAGGUUACCUACCCAGGAGAAGAAUAUGAUGGGAGGAGAAGCAGCCCACAUAUAUGUGAAGACGGUAUCGGGAGGCGAGGAGUCCGCGCGUGACACUUACCGCCCUGCUGUCGAAGUGGAGAGAAGGCGGGGCCUGUGGUGGCUUAUUCCCAGACUGAGCCUGGAGUGA